AUGGCUAGCCAGGACGUGGGCACGCCGCCCUCGUCGUCCUCUCACAGACUUCCUACAGUAUCGGCCUCGCAGGCCCUCCAGCGCUUCCACGCUCGGGGUUCUCGCGCCCUUCCCACAGGACUCCCGCAGCUCAACAAAAUCCUGUCUCCUCUAGGCUUCCCGGGGCGCAAUAGCCAGGGCGGGCUGGUGCGCGGGAAGGUGACAGAGGUCUAUGGGCCCUCUGGUGUUGGGAAGACUGCGUUUGGCAUUCAGGCCGCUGUAAAUGCGCUGCGUGAAGGCCACGGCGUCGUCUGGGUCGAUGCAGCUGCGCCCUUGGUCCCGCGACGCUUCAACGACGUUCUGCUCUCAACAGCAUCGCCCGACGAAUUACUAAGCCACUUCCAUCACUUUACAGCUCCAACGUUGGCGCACCUGCUGGCGCUGUUUGGGCACCCGCCCGCUUCAUUUCCGCUGCCAAACACGGGCCUCGUUGUUAUCGACUCGUUGUCAACCUUGCUCGAUAACGCGUACCCUCGCAGUGCCGGCGAUCGCACGGCGCGCAGCCAGACCGACCAGACGCGCUGGGCAGCAGGCCGCAAAUUUGCAGUAAUCAACGACCUCAUCUCGAAGCUGGCCAAGGUCGCGGCACUGCACGACAUCGCGCUCCUACUCACAUGUCAAACAAUUACUCGGAUUCAAGGGGGCGCCAGGGCUCUUCUGGUCCCGGCAAUAUCGGGCGCAGAGUGGGAGAAUGGCAUAUCCACUCGUCUGGUUUUGUUUAGGGACUGGGUUCCGGGGCAAGGGAAGUGGAAUGAUGCCAAUGCCCCCGAAGAUGCUGCUAGAUUGCGAAAAGCCCGGUUUGUCGGUGUUGUGAAGGCUAAUGGUGUGACUUUUGCAGAAGAUGGCGGUGUAGGCAACGUGGUUCCAUUUGCGGUCGACAGCACUGGCCUCUGCGAGCUGGAUUUCGCUGCACAAGAUGUUGCACCUCAGCCUGUCGUGUACCCAUCGCCUGUGAAACCGCGAAAGAGACCUCAUACGGAGAUUGCAGACUCUGAGGAUGAGGACCCCGACUCUAGUGACCUGUACGGAUGGGUCGAGGACGACGAGGUUGCAGCCGAAGGACUGCUAGUGGACGAGUCGGCCUCUGCAAACGCGGACGAGGAGAUUGUCUUUGCCGCAGAAUCUCGAACGGACCACGUCCCAGAUGUGCACACCAAAGAGAAGGUGACACAAUGA